AUGGUGGAGGUGAAGGCCGAAAAUGUAAGAAAUUUUACGUCUUGCGAUCAAAUUUAUAUAAAUCAUGAGAUUUGAAGGGAAGAGUGAGAAAAAUACCCCAUAAAUUCCGUAAUUUGUAAAAUUAAGGGCUGAAAUUUGCCUCUGGCAGGGCUGAUGCUACAGUAAUCCUCAGCGAAAAAUUUUAUCUCUAUAAGUUGAGAUUCGUCCAAGCUGAGAGACAUUUUAUAUUAACCAUGACACAUUAAGCCAUAUUCGAAAGACAUAGGUGUAGACGUCGUAUUUUAAAAGAUAUUGAGCUGAAAUUUGCCAUAGUUUAGCUCGAUGCUAUGGUAAUCCGAUACAAAAAAGACUACAGUAAACAACGGUGAUAGCGAUCAGUUCUAUACACAUUUAUAUUAACGAUCAUGCACCAAAGCGGGAAUAAGAAACUCAUUGCCGUGAACGUAUUUUAGCAAAGAACUUUAUCAAAUUUUGUGUCCUGAUUUUGACUCUGAUGCUACAGUAAUCCAGGGUACCAAAAUUGAAAGUAAUACCUUCAAUCUGUGCCUUUGGAAUGCAUUUUAUAUUCACCACGAGGCUUUAGAGCAAGGUGUAGAAAAAUUGUUAUAAAUCCCGUAUUUUGUGAAGAAACUGAACGUCGCUUUGCAUGAUAGAGCAAUAAACUGCAGUAAUCAUCUCGGCAAAAUAUGAUUUUAAUCUGACCAAAAACAGAGGACCAGCAGGCGAAAAUAUAUUAGUCAUCAUCGGCUAAAGUCAUCGGAAAAACACGAUUUUUCGAUCCGUAUUUUACCCCAACAUAUAUGCAUAUUGUACUGUAAAUAACUUUCAGACCCUCCUCUCCAUCGUUGUUUGUCUUUUCGUCGCGCUGAGCAACACAUUUUCCGGCCAAUUCGCGAAAGAAGCGCUGACGUUGGACGAGACCAAGUUCUUCGCGCCUUAUUGGAUGACCUACCUCAACACGCUGCUGAUGAUCCCAUUAUAUCCGAUUUUCUUGGCAGUCAAAGUGUUAUUUACCACGGCAAAGGCGACCGACAUCAAUUACGAUGCUAUGAAAAUUUUGAAAAAUGAAAAAGUAAAGAAAAUCAAGGCCAACAAACUUUUUCAGGGGAAAUUCUACCCGAUCCCGGUGCUGAUUGUCGCCUCAAUCCUCAUCGUCUAUGGCUGGAUCGCGCCGAACUACAUUUUCGCGGUCUCGUUGAAGUUUAUUUCGGUUUCGGCCGCGGUCUCCAUAAACUCGCUGAAUGCCGCGAUGGUCUUUGUUUUGUCGAUCCUCUGGCUGAAGGCGAGAUUCAGCUGGUUUAAAGUUGGUUUUACACUUUUUCAGGGCUUGAUUACAGUUUUAGAGCUCUUUUUUGGCAAUUUUAGGUAUCUGAUGUCAAGUGCAAUAUAAUUUUAGGCUUGUGGAGUGGUUUUGAGUAUAGCAGGCGUUGUGCUAGUCUCCAUGGACGAUGAAUUUACUGGGAGUGUCACCGGGGUGGUCUUAAUUUUGCUGUGCGCUUCGUGUAUCGCCAUCUACAACGUAUGUUGCGAUUCGUUUUUUUGGCUAUAAAAUUAGAUAUAAGCAAUCAAAUUUGGUCUAAAAUAGCUUUUCCAUGCUACUGGCAAUAUUUUAAGGCCUCAUCUUCCUAUUAAAACCUCAACAUUGACCUUAUUUGACUUUAUUUUACCUGAUCCGACCUUAUUUUAUACUAUUAGCUUUUUGGCUAUAAAAUUAGUCACAAAUCGCCAAAUUUGGUCUAAAAUAGCUUUUUCAUGCUACCAGCAAUAUUUUAAUACCGGAUCUGCCCAUUAAAACCUCAAGAUCGACUUUAUUUUACCUGAUCCGACCUUACUUUAGACCUCCUUCAAAAAGAUCUUCGGUGAUCUCAAUCUUGGCCAAGUUUUGUUCUUCCUGACUCUUCUAGGACUCGCCAACCUCGUCUUCAACUCAUUUACCACGUACAUGUUGGUAAAAUACGACUUGGACGUCCUAGUUUGGGAGGCGAUUCCGUGGAAAGCUGUGGCCGGAAAUUUGGCCAUGGCUGCUUGUAAGUGUGACCUACAAUGCCAAUUUGCUUUUUAUCACGUUCUUUAGUGUAUAACAUCUCUGUGAACAUGGGAAUCGCCAUUCUGAAUCCAUUGGUCGUCUCCAUCGGGAUACUUUUAGGAAUCCCCAUCAGCGCAGGUAGGAUCACAAAAUUUUAUGUGAUUUCAACGGAAAUCUUUUGCUUUGAUGGCCUUGUAGGAUCAAAUACGAGUUCUUUUCUGAUCUCCACGCCUUAGACAUUAAAAUUUCGCCGAUUUCGAAGACUUUUUAUAUUAUCCAUGGCAAAUUUCUUCGAAUUUUCGUCUGAAACAACAUUUCUAUCCCAAUUUUUCAGCUGUCGACAUUCUCUUCCACGGUCUGGAUGCCGGACUAACAGUUUUGGUUGGUGGGAUCUUGAUCUCCAUCGGAUUUUGUCUAAAUACGCUGCCCAUUGACGAAUGGACAAGGAAAAAACCUGUCGUUAUUGUUGCCUAA